AUGAGUGAUCAAAAGUCUGCGAAGCCUGAGGCUUCUUCAACUCUGACAGAAAUGGCUCCUGAGCCAGCUCUCGACGCCGUCAAAGCUGAAGAUGCUGUUUCUGUCUCAAUCAAUCAGAUCGAAGACGACCGACCCAUUGUCCCUAUGACUUGGCGGCUUGGUUCCGUCCUUCUUAUCUGUCUCAUCAGCUUUGGCGCUUCUUGGUCUGCUCGUUUAACAUCCUCACUUAAGAGCACCAUCAAGAAGGAAUUAGACAUCAACAACACGCAAUUCGCUCUACUUGAAGCAAGUGAGGAGUUCUUAGUCACGUUAUUGAUGAUGGCCUCUGGUAUUCUGACAGACCGCAUUGGCGGCGCGGGUGCUAUGCUCUACGGAAACUUGAUCAUGACCGCCGGCGCUCUCGUCAUCGCGGGAGCAGCGACAUGCAGGUCCUUUCCGCUCAUGAUCUUUGGCAAAGUCACGGCUGCGUUGGGCGAUAUAGCCACUCAGAUCGCGUACUACAGAGUAUUCGCUGGAUGGUUUGCUCCAGGUGGAGGCUUUGUGUUCUUCGUCUUCACGAAGAUCGCACAUAAGCGUUUCCGCCCACCUCCCGAUCCAGCGACGGGUGAGGCACUUGUUGAGAAGAACAAGAAGUUUGACCUUAACAAGAUCAUCCAAUUGCCAUGGGUAUUCUGGGCAAUCAUGCUUUUCUCGAUGGUGCAGACCAGUUGUUCUAACAUCUACUCUCAAAAUGCUACGGAACUCGCUGAGCAUCGUUUUGGAGUGGAUGCUGUGGCGGCUGGUUGGUAUGCUUCCUUGUCGCAGUAUGCUGGCUUUUUCCUUAGUCCAUUGAUCGGAGCAGUCAUCGACACUUACGGCCACCGUGGUAUUCGAACGAGUAUGUGGCAUCAAGAUGUUUUUGGUACUGCAUAUGCUGCCAAGGUGACAAUGAACAACGCCACCAACAUCAUCAUCCGUAUCAUCACCGGCGUCAUACAAGAUGCAGACGACGGUUCUUACGACAGAGUCACCAUUGUAUACGUCUUCCUCGCCACCGCCUCCACCGUUAUAUCUCUAGCAAUGCUGCUCGGCACUUUCUGGGCUCCUGACCUACGAAUCCUGCAAUUCUCACGAAAGCAGCGAAUCUUGCGUGGAGACCUGAUCAACGAGCGCAAGGCAAAGAGCCAAGGACCCACGGGACAUAAAGCGAGAAUGAUCAGCAAGGUCUGUUUCGUGGCGCUGUUUGUGUAUGUGCUGGGAAGCUGGGCGGCUUGGAUUUGGGGAGCUGCAACGGGUCAUAAUUAA